GCAUACUUGUGCUUCUUUGGCAUCUUCGAAAAUAAUAUAAUGGUGGCCACUUGGUGGCUGGCUAGUGUCAUCCAGAUAAUCUGUUAUGGCCUAUCAGAUCAGGCAAUUAUCGACACAUGUGCUCAUCUUGGAUGGCUUUCUGCCUUACUCUACGCCAACCACGUUCAGCAGAUGCUUUGUCAGGCUUUGUGGCUCGAAGAUAGCAGUUUGCUUCAGUUGCCCGGUGUCACGACAUGCCAUUUAGCGGAAUUUAAAACUGAAGAAGGCCAUCUUCUUCUGGCACUCCCGGAAGUGAUGGAAUUUGCCUACCAGUAUCCAGAUGCUCUUGAGAAUAUGCUUUCUCCCCAUUUCAGUCAGGGGGACCUGACUAAAAUCAAGCAGGUUUGA